AUGGAAGAAGUUAAGGGUUCUAAUGUUGAAACAGAAAAGGAUGGUGUAAUUUCUCCAUUAUCCGAUGGCAAUAGCGGUUCUGCAGAUUGCAAGCCAGGGUCUAAUGAAGGGAGGAUGACUGGUCCGACAAGACGGUCCUCCAAGGGAGGCUGGACAGAGGAAGAGGACAAAAUUUUAGCUGUUGCAGUCCAAAAGUUCAAUGGAAAAAACUGGAAAAAAAUUGCUGAAUGUCUUUCCGAUCGAACAGAUGUUCAAUGCCUGCAUCGCUGGCAGAAAGUUCUUAAUCCGGAUCUUGUUAAAGGACCUUGGACCAAGGAGGAAGAUGAUAUAAUCAUUGAGAUGGUUGGGAAAAAAGGCAAUAAGAAGUGGUCUAAAAUUGCAAAAUACCUGCCAGGCCGCAUAGGGAAGCAAUGCCGAGAAAGGUGGCACAACCAUCUGAAUCCAGAGAUAAACAAAAAUGCAUGGACCAAAGAGGAGGAAUUGGCUCUUAUUCAAGCCCAUAGAAUAUAUGGGAACAAGUGGGCUGAACUAGCUAAGUAUCUACAUGGAAGAACUGAAAACUCUAUAAAAAAUCAUUGGAAUUGUUCUUUGAAGAAGAAACUGUGUCAGUAUUCAGCAAGUAGUGAUGCUGCUUUGAGCCAUCCUGGAUCCUCCAUUCCUGAUUCAUACAGUUAUGAAACAGAUGCCGGAAAUAGAAAGUAUGAAGUGGUGAAACAUGAACUCGGCAGAACAUUCACUCUUGACCAGAAUAUGGACUCUGCAAUAAGUGCGCACUCUUGUUUUCCAAAUUUGCUUCUUGGAAAUGCUAAAGAAAGGAAAAAUCGUCUACAACCACCGUUUGAAUCAUGCAGACUGACUGGUGAACAAUUGCAGGAUGGGACUAAUAAGGUUGAGACUUCCGGAGACCCACACCAUAUUGUUGCAAACAAAUAUGUUUCUCCUUGUGAGAUGGUUCUUCCUGUCACUGCUAAGAAUCUUGAGCUUUCGAAAGGAGCACAUGGCAAUAUAUCUUCCAUGAAUUGCUUGGGUAUGGGACAUUCUAGUUUUAGUGGCCAGUCCAACAAUUCUCAUUCACUCAGGCCGAUAUAUGGAGCUAACGAGAAAAGUAAUGAUCCUAAAACACCUUUAAGUUCAGCAGAUAAUUUUUUUGGUGGUUUAUGUUAUGAGCCACUUCAAGAGGAGGAUCUGAACAUUCUUCUUGUAACUGGUAAAUUUCCUAGUACUGAUAGCUAUAUUCGACUGCCAUUAAGCCCAGUUUCCCUUUACAUUCCAACAAGCCAUGAGAAAGGCAUGUCUGUUGAUUAUAGCAGUCCAGAAUCCAUUUUGAGAAGUGCAGCAAUGAGUUUUAAAAGCAUGCCGUCUAUUAUAGGAAAGCGCCGGCUUCAAACUUCCAGACAAGUCGGCAAUGUAAAUCACAGUGAUUGUGCUUGUACUAUAGAAGAAAAUACUGAUACUCUCAACAAUAGGCAGCAGUCUAUACAUGAAUGUCCGUGUGUCAAAGAUGAUCUUAAUAGUGUGGUUCUUCCAAAUGCAAAGCAGCCUUUCCAUUCUCCUCCCAAGUCUCAGAAGCUGGAAAGUUCUGCCGCUAUAAAAUCUGUUGAAAAACGCUUGGAAUUUGCAUCUGAUGGCGUGCAGGAUUCUACUAAUAUUGAAUUGAAUAUAUCAGCUGAAGGUGACCUCUAG